AUGUCGAGUUCUAAAUCGAGGACCGAUGAUUACCCAGUUCUAAGCCGUCCAUUUGAGUUUAUCAAAUUAGAGUAUGAUGUCGUGAUCAUUGGAUCUGGAUAUGGAGCUGGUGUGGCAGCGAGUCGAAUGGCGCGUGCUGGGAAGAGUGUUGCUGUUUUGGAACUUGGUUGGGAACGAAGAUCUGGUUCAUUUCCACAAACGUUCUCACAGUGCAUGAAGGACAUGAACAUUUCGAGCAGUUCUGUGAAGAAUGCAUUCAUCACGAAAUGGCUUUCACCUCAUGAUCCUACAAAGCUUUUUCAGUUGUUUCUUGGAGAUGGGCAACAUACUUUCGCUGCUCAUGGACUUGGAGGAACAUCUCUGAUCAAUUGCGGUGUCUUCCUCAGGGCCGAUAAAGGGACACUAAUGACGAGUUCCUGGCCAUCACAGAUUCGGGAGAAUCCGUCAGGACUUGAUAAAUGUAAGACAUUACUCCCAGUUGACAAAUAUGCAAAUUGCGCAGGGUGGGUAUAUCGGCAGCUAAUCGAAGAAGAUUAUUCACACGCAGAAAUGAUGCUGCAACCGUCCAUAUAUCCAGAGGACUAUCCAAUUCCCGCUAAAUUAGAGCACCUACGAGAUGGUUCAAAGUGGCUAGGUCAAGAACAUCACUUCUAUCGUGCACCACUUACCACAUUCUUUCACAGCGGCCGCAACAAGGCUGGUGUUUCCAUGCACCCAAAUCGCGGAUCAGGACAUGAAUGUACUGGUCUGAAUGAUGGUUCGAAAAAUACCGUGGCGACUAGUUAUCUGGCUGAUGCAUGGAAUUGGGGUGCUGAGAUGUUUUGUGGAUGUGAGGUGCGGUUCAUUGAGAAAACGGAGGGAGGUGGGUAUGUUAUCUUCUUUGCCUGGCAUGGGAAUGGAAGGUCGGUCUUUGCAGAUCAUUUCGAGGAGCAACUCUUUUGGGUGAAAGCAAAGGAAUUUUGUUUCCUGGGAGCUGGGGCUUUAGGUACAACUGAGAUCUUGCUUCGGUCAAGGAAACGUGGUUUGAGUAUGUCUCCCCUGGUGGGACGCAAUCUCUCUGGGAAUGGUGAUCAUUUGGUAUUUGGUAUGGAAACUACCAAGUCGAAGUUUCCAUGGCUGAUUGAGACAGGGUACAAUGGAAGAGUCGAUGUCAAUGGAAUAGCUGGUGACUCUUCGCGAGCAUCAAGUCCACCUGGUCCAACGGUCACUUGCAUGAUUGAUAUCCGAGGAGUUGAUCCUCUGAUCAAUCCUCUUUCUAAAUACGUGAUUCAAGAUGGCUGCAUACCUGAGACCUUCAAUCCGGUCAUCCUGGCAAUGCUGACAAUACAGACCGUAAAGUCACAAGCUUUUUCUUUCCUGUCGAAUCCUAGGGUUGGGAUAUCAAAGUCUAUGGCUGCUUUUAAGUCUCUCCUGCUCGGUCCCUAUGCACGUGGCGGAUCUCUCCAGCGAACUUCAACAUAUCUUGUCAUGUCUCAUGAUAGCAAUGAGAUCACAUUGACUCUGGAGAAUGAUACACUACGCUUGCGAGGGCCAGCAGAAGGUCGGACUGAGCAUUUCACGCCGAUGAAGAGGAUGGUCAAAAGAUUAUUUGCUCACACAGGGGCAGACAUGGGGUUCUCAUAUUUCUAUGGCCGUCACCAAGAAGAGGUUACAGUGCACCUUAUAGGAGGUGCCAACAUGAGCAGUGAUGGUACGGCACACGGAGGGGUGACAAAUCAUCUUGGGCAGGUCUUCGCUGGCCCUGGCCCUGGUGACGAGGUAUACAAAGAUCUCGUGUGUUGUGAUGCCUCCAUCUUACCCACGGCUCUUGAGCGAUCCAUCAGCUUAAUCGCCGAGAAGUCUGGAUUGAUCAUCGAUCAAACCGAAAACGGUCCUUUAGAUGCUUCCAGCAAUCCACAAAUGACUCGCAAUGGCGAGGUUUAUCAAGAGCUCAUGAAUGAAAAUCCUCAAUCCAUCGGAUGGCAGUUCACGGAGACUCUAUCUGGACAUAUAAGUAUGACACCAGGAUUGAAGAGCUGUGCACUUUCUGAGAGUAUCGGCAAAGGCUCAUCCUGCGCAAUGCGCAUGUUUCUAACUAUAGACAUCUGCCAGAUCAAGGCUCAAAGGUCUCCCUCGCGAUACCAAGGAGUAUGCACUGGAACAGUCUCUUGUCAUGCGUUGUCUCGGAAUACACUGAGGGUUAUCAAGGGGACAGUUGAUUUCUUUACAGGAGGAGCAGGUGCCGAGUGUACCAUUUCAUACUACAUGAAGCUCCUUUCAGUUGAGGAUCUGGAAUAUUAUCUAGAAGGACACAAAAUUCUCAAUUCCUCGAUUGCUUUCUCAGUCAAAAAGACAUGGAAGGCGACAACGACAGUGAAUGUGAAUAUCACUCGACCGGAUGGGACACAGGCUGGGAGUGGUGCCCUUCAUAUCUCAUUACCAGAGUUCACAAAGCAAAUUAGAACGUUCCGGACCAAAGUUGUUGACAGAAGCUCCUUUCUCGCUCUAUUAGCUUUUUUGUUGUCUUUUCUAUAUCAUGUCAGCCUCUUUUUCUUCAUGCCAUUUGUUCCCGUUCGCUUCCCUCGAACUUCACCUCUGGAUCCGAUCAAAAAGAGCCCGAAUCCCUCAUUGAUUAGCAAAAUAAGUGCCUCGGAUGGUGUGCCGACUCUGCUCGAGGUAUACGAUCCGCUUCUUCAACAAGGAAAUCACGAGCCAAGAGACGCCAAUUUUCCCCCGGUCCUGCUUCUCCCUGGAAUAACUGGCAUCGGCGCAAUACACAAUCUGUACGCAUUGCCAUUUCUACGUUGCAACAUGAUAGACUACUUCACGCAACGUGGACACCGCUGCUACACCCUAACUCCUCGCUGGGGCUGUGAUCCCAUCGUCGCCCAGGACGCCACCAUCUUCGACUGUCGCCUGGACGUUGCAGCCGCCAUCAAAUACAUCCGUGAGAUAGAACCAAAUAAGCCAUAUGUGAUAUCUCACUGUCAGGGCUCGGUAGCUCUCUGUAUGGGACUUCUAGACGGGACUAUUUCCAGCAGCGACCUCCUCGGCAUCACUGCAAACUCCGUCUUCAUGAAUCAAGUCUUUGGGUACUGGAACUCACUCAAAGGAAGAACCACGCUUUUGAUUCAGCUUUAUAAGCUCCUCGCGGGUAAUUAUUUCCCAAUAAUUAGCAACGCUGGGAGUGCUCUGUUCCAACGGCUGCUUGAUAUUCUCCUGCGCUUCUAUCCUGUCGGGCAUCCGCGAGAUCUGUGUACUUCCACUGCUUGUCAUCGGACUUCUUUUGCGUUUGGCCUGCUUUGGAAUCAUGACAAUCUGGACGCUGCCCUUCAUGAUAAUAUUCAUCAGUUCUUUGCGGGUACUCAUACAAAACUGAUGGAGCAUGUUGUCGGUAUGGGCACGCGAGGCAUCUGCAUGGACAAUGACUCGCGCUCUCUUUUGACAGACGAAAAUCUGCAACGGUUAGAGGGACUGCCCAUUCUUUUUGUUUCCGGUACAGGCAAUCAAGUCUUCGAUCCGCAGUCGACCCUCAAGGACUAUGAGUUGCUGCGCCGACGAUUUGGAGAGAGCUUUUAUCGUCGGUUUUUGGCUGAGGGUUAUGGGCAUCUUGAUACUAUCGUUGGGAAAUCUGCUGCUGAAGAUGUAUAA